CAUGCCAGCUCCUGUUGUUGACACGAGCGGAGGCACGGUGAGGUAACUGUUAAAGGUAACUAUUAAAACGGCUUCCGUCCCGGGUUCAGCUUCCCGCUGUUAUAAUCAAGGUUUCCGGACUCAGUGACUCUGCGCAGUGCUUCACGAUGCCUAAAAGCAAGAAGAAGAGCGGGAAUCUGAAGUCUUCUUCGGUGGUAGACGGUCUGUCCACGGAGGACAUGUCCAAGGAUCAGCUGGAAACGCACAUCAUCCGCCUCCGGGAGGAGCUGGACCGAGAGCGAGAGGAGAGGAGCUACUUCCAGCUGGAAAGGGACAAGAUCCAGACCUUGUGGGAGAUCUCCAAGAGAAACCUGGAGGAGUUGAAGGCCGAGCUCAGGAACAAGAGCCGGGAGAAAGAAGAGGCUGAGGAGCGCCACCGAGUGGAGAUCACAGUGUAUAAGCAGAGACUGAGGCACGUCCUGUCUGAGCAGCACAAUGCCAUCACUGAGGUGAAGAUAGACGCUGUCGCUGCAUCCUCGCUGGUCAAGAGGAAACACAUGCAGUCGGAGCUCUCGCUCCACAGGAACCUUCAGGGUCUGCAGGAGGAGCUCACGGAGAAGAAAUUCCUCAUCGAGAGCCGCGUCAAGGCACUUCAACUGAAACAUCAGGUGGAGCUGAUGGAGCUCACAAAUGACUACGAACGCAGGAUCAGAGACAUCGAGGUGAAGUAUCAUGAGAAGAUGCAGCUGAUGAUCGAGAAGGAGGAGGAGAAGCGGCGGGUGGAGGUCGCCGAGAUAGAUGACAGGAUGAAGAGUCGUGAGGUGACCCUGAUCGAAGAGCACGACCGAGCUCUGCGGAGAGCCGAGGAACAUUUCUGUUCUACUGAGGAGAAACUGCUGGCAGACCGGAGGAUGCUCAAGGAGGAGCUCACUGAGUUGGAGAAGCGGCAGCUUCGAGUGUCCAGAGAGCUGUCAGCUGCUCAGAAGGAGAACAAACGUCUGACGGAGGCUCUGACGGGGGCCCAGCAGAAGCUGUCCGAGCAGCAGCGAGAGCUGGAGGAGCACAACCGCAACAAGCCCAAGAUGGUGGAGAAACGAGCUCAGAUGAAGGUCAUAGAGAAGGAGCUGAGAGAUCUGACGCUGGAGCACGACCUGCUGCUGCAGGCUUUCGAGAAGGUGCAGCAGGAGCGUGACGAGCUGCUGAAGAAGCAGACGGAGGCCAUCUUGGACAUGCAGCAGAGGAGCGGGCUGAAGGCGAUGGUGCUGGAGAGGAAGCUGGCGGUGCUCACGGAAACCCUGGAGAAGAAGGAGGCUCAGCUGUGCGCCGCGCUCUCAGCCUCCAGUGCCGACCCGACAGCGGGAGGUGGCGGUGCCACCAACAAGGUGGAGGAGAUCAUGCAGCAGAAGCAGGUCACCAUCGAGGCCUUACAGGAGGACCUGGCUCUACAGUGUAAGGAGUACGACAAGCUGCUGCAAACCUGCAGGGAGAGGCUGCAGGCUCAGGGCGUCCCUCUGUACGACUUCCCCUUCAGAUCCGCACAACAGAUCCUGGAAGGACCGCCCCCCCGCACACUGACCGCUGCCCCACAGGUGUCAUCCUGCUGACACUUAAGACUGGCGGACGUACAGGCCGGAGCCGAGCUGAUCUGAGUUUCCAGCUGUUGAUUCUUCCAUGAAUUUAGAUUCUUUCCUUUUUUUAAUUAAAACUGAUGGAAAUCUCCAGCAGCUGUUUCAUUGUCCUGCUGUUAAACGCUGUGCAGACACUCAGGCUCUAACCUGCCGCACUAAGACUACGAACGUGUCAUCAGUGAUGUGUGUUCCUCAUCUUCAGCCAGCACGGACUUCACUUUGGAUUUUCAAACCUGUAAACGUUCAUCAUCUACAGAGAAAACAUCUGGAACAGCAGCUGCUCACAUUCAGCUUCCAGCUCAAACAGCUGCCGAGGAGCAGGAGGCCUGGUGGAGGUGCACGGUCUGAACCCUCCCCAUGGAUCAGGAUUGAGGCCGCCGCACCGUGAACUGCAGCUUUCCAGUCAAAAGAAAAUGAAACUUCAUAUUUUUUUAUUGAAUAUUUUUCAUGAGGAUGUCUGCAACCUUCAGCUCUCAUGUUUUAGCUUUACAACCCUUUACAGACACUAUUGUGAUAAAG